AUGCCAUCCACUGCCCCCGCCGAUCAAAUCCCCGCCUCCCAAUUCGACUCCAUCCCCGACACAAUCCAAGCCUUUGCCGCCGGCGAAUUCGUCGUCGUCCUCGACGACCCCUCGCGCGAGAACGAAGCGGACCUCAUCAUCGCCGCCGAAUCCGUGACCACCGAGCAGAUGGCGUUCAUGGUGCGGUACUCCUCCGGGCUGAUCUGCGCGCCGGUGCCGGCCUCGCGCGCCGCGGCGCUCGCCCUGCCCCCCAUGGUGGCCGUCUCGCAGGACCCGCGCGGCACCGCGUACACGGUCAGCGUGGACGCGGCGGACCCGUCCGUGACGACGGGGAUCAGCGCCCGCGACCGCGCGCUGGUGUGCCGCGCGCUGGCGGAUGAUAAAGCGGGACCGGGGGAUUUUCGCAGGCCGGGGCAUGUCUUUCCGCUGCAGGCUCAGGCCGGCGGCGUGAGGCAGCGGCCGGGGCAUACGGAGGCGGCGGUGGAUUUGUGCCGGCUGGCGGGGAAGAAGCCGGCCGCGGUGAUUUGUGAGUUGGUGGAUGACGGGGCCGAGGUGCCCGGCCGCGCGAUCCGGGAAGAGCCCGGUAUGCUGCGGGGGGAGGCGUGCGUGGCGUUUGCGAGGAAGUGGGGGUUGAAGGUUUGCACGAUUGCGGAUAUGGUGGCGUACUUGGAGAAGGUGGAGGGGAAGAUUGAGGUCAACGGUUCAUGA